AAACAAAAUGGUAACCAAAACAUCGUGGAUAUCUGAAGACAACAACCAUUGCCUCGAAGUAAUCCCAGACUUCAAUAAUUGUAAGAAGCGUUCAAAAAGUGAAAGAAACGGUCGAAACAAGAGAAGACUAAUGGCUAACAAUAGCGACAAUAAUGAGGAUCUGCUUAUAAUUGAAGACUUAAUGGCGACAAACAGACACAGCAUUGAGAAACUGUUCAAUGAAUUGCUCCAUAAAGUCAAUACUGAUCCUAAAUUCACUGAUUUUAGGGACAGCCUUAAUAUUAAUGAUAAUUAUUUCAUAAAUAAAAACGAGUUUAAGGAUAGUUUGUUACCGAAACUGUUGAAGUUGGCCACCGAUGGCUCGCAAAAGGCCACUGCGUUGGCUGUGCUGUCGGUAAUCCUAUUUAAUGACUGGAAAUCGCAAAAAUCAAAACUAAGCGAAAAGGCUCUCAAGGCUUCACUAAUACCGCAAUUAAUUUCAAUUUAUUGUUCAACUAAUGAGACAGAAAUCCAUGAAUUGAUUUUUAAUUUGUAUUUACUUUUAUUGUUAAUCAUUGCUAACACUAGUAAACGCGUUAUGGCAUUACUAUUACUUCCAGAUAACCUAUUGAUCAAUGAUAUUAUUGGGGUAAUCAAUGAGUCAAAUGAUGUAAAUUUAGUAACUUUAUCGUUAAAAUCGAUGCAAUUUUAUUUGUAUUACUGCCGCAAAUUUGAUACGAUAUCAGCCGUAUUACCGGUGCUGACAAAACUGUUGAAUCAAACAAAUAUGAUAAUAGUCGCUGAGGUCUGUAAUACGAUUUAUAUAUUUACACAAAUGUUUCAAAGCUCAAGAAAAGCAGUGAUAGCAUCACAGGUUUGCCAUAAACUAUUGGAUCUGUGGUCAGACACGACCGAUGAGGCCAUAAUUAAACCCAUAUAUAGUAUAUUUGUGGCCAUUGUUAGCCGUUUUAAUGAAUACAAGAAUAGUAUGCUCGGCCCAGACUUGAAUGUCUUAAAAAUUAUACCCCAAUUGAUUUCAUCGACCGAUUUGAAUAAGUUAUGUGCUAUUAAUUUGAUCAAAUGUUUGGCAAUGAAACCGAUUUGUGCCAAACAUUAUUUACCUCAACAGCAAAUACAACAAAUUAUUGAUAGCAAAACAAUUUGUUUAAUAAAUGAUUUAAUUGAAAACAAUGACAACAACUCAGAUAUAUUGAAGUCAAGUGCCGUCAAUGCGAUCUUCGUUAUGGCAUAUAAUGCAUCAAUAGAUCAGUUGAAGUAUAUGGCAGAUCAAGGAUGUCUGAAAGCCCUGUGCUCUCUACUUGACACACAAUCAGAGCAAUCAUAUCAGAAAUAUACACUAUUAGCCAUCACUGUCUUCUUGUACGAAGAAUUCAAAGACCAAUUAAAGUCAAACAAAGCACUUCCCGAUCCCAGCAAACAAUUGUCAUCGUUUGCAACAAUCAUCCGCAAUGUCGGUGGUCUUCAAAAGUUGAAUCAAUUGAACCAACAGAGUGAAGAUGAUGUCAAACAAUAUGUCGAAGAGAUAUUAGUUAACGGGUUUGGUAUCGAAACGCGUCCAAACAAACGACAGCCGUCUAUGAAAGUAAUGGAAACCAGAUUAUCAUUGAUCGCAUGUAUGGAUUGUAAGGCCGAUUCGGCCAACACUGUUAUAUACCAGUGUAAACACGUACACAUUUGCCGAAAAUGUGCGGCCAGUGCUCUCAAUAAAAUUUAUACGGGAGAGAGACAGAAAAAAUGUUUGAUUAAAGAUUGCGGUGCAUUAAUCAAAACAGAUGACUGUCCCUGGUUUCGGAUUAAAGGAAAAUUAUAUAAAUUGUAUAUAUUACUUGAGGACCAACUCGAGCGCAAACUGGAAGUGAAAAUAUUGAAAUAA